CUCCGCCUUUGCCAGCUGCCGUGGGGGGCUCUUCACGUUCAUCAUCUCCCGGAUGGUCAUCCGGACUCGCAACUUACUCUUCUCUUCUCUGGUGCGGCAAGACCUGGCCUUCUUCCAGGAGGUGAAAACAGGGGCGCUGGCCUCCCGCCUUUCCAAAGACACAACUAUGAUGAGCCGCUCGGUGCCGCUCAACACCAACGUCUUCCUGCGCACCCUGAUCAAGACCCUUGGGCUCUACGGAUUCAUGAUCGGCCUGUCCUGGCGCCUGACGCUGCUGAUGCUGAUCGAGACCCCACUCAUGAUGGCCGUCCAGAAGGUCUAUGAUGUCCGUCAUCAGGCUUUACUGAAGGCGAUCCAGGACUCGGUGGCCCAUUCAGAAGAGGUGGUACAUGAGGUUAUUUCAUCCAUGGAGACCGUACACAGCUUUGCCACUGAGGAGAAGGAGUCACAGCGCUACGAGUCAUCCUUAGAGGACACCUGUCGGCUGAAGAACCAAAGAGACUUGGAAAGGAUUGUUUACCUACUUGUUGUCCGG